AAUUCUAGUGCCAGUGAAGACAUUGUAGUAGUAUUGGUAGUGAAGGGCAUACGAAGUUCAUCAGCACUAUGAAUCAAGUCAUCCAAAAUCUCCACAUGAAUGGUAGCACCGGUGAAACUAGUUACGCUUUCAACUCAUCUGUUCAGAAAAAAGCUUUCUACAAAGCAAAGCCGAUGAUAGAGGAAGCAGCGCUGGAUAUAUUUUCAAAGUUCUAUACUUGUAGAACAACUGAGAUGACGGAGAAGAGUACUAUGCCUCUAGGCAUUGCAGACUUAGGCUGUUCCUCUGGUCCAAAUACACUGUUAAACAUUAUUUACAAGAAAUGCUGUGAGCUUGACAUUGUUUCGCCGUGUACUUUAAUGAUCUUCCUGGAAACGACUUUUAACACCCUUUUCAAAUACUUGGAAGGCUUUUGUGAUGAAUUGAUUUUUCAAGAGAUUGGGUAUUCUGGAAUUUGAUGGGCAUUGGUAAUCAGUGAUGCAUGUCAUAGCACACACACUACUACCGCGCAUCUAGUCUGUUUACUUGGCCUUUUGAUUGUUUGAUUAGUUAGUUGUUGGCCCUCUAUGUUUUGAAUCAUGACCCUCGUUAUAUAACUAGCUCCCUAAAUGUAAUCGACAGUGAAGAUUGAAAUGUAAA